AGCACAGACACGUUCGGCCCCGCCUCCUGAGCCCCUGAAGACUCGCGGGAGUGAGAGCUCGGGCGUGUGCCGAGAAGAGUGCCGAGGUGCGGUUGGAAGUUGACGCUGGUCAGUUGGUCAAGCCCGCCCACGUGACCCGGGAAGUCACCAGCUCUCCAGAUGGAACCGCCCACAACUGAGGAAGACAACCAGCACUGCCCGAAGGUGGAGGGCCCUUUUGAAAUCCCUGAUGAGCUUCUUGACUGGCUUCCUUAGGAGAUCCUUGCCCCGCAGGAAGGGAUAUUUGGCUUUGGAAAUCACCUUACAGCCAUGAGUUUGGAGAAGAAAAGAAGCGUGCCGUAUCGCCAGAUGAAGACUCGUGAUGAAUCCCCAUCCGCAGCCCGUCCAGUGAGAAGAAUGCGCCCAUGUGAAAAAGGAAAUGAAAGCAAAGAACCUUCCAAAGUGACCAGCACCGCGAGGAAGCUCUUCGGGCGCACCGUCCAGCCCAGAAUGCGGCAGGAGCUCAUCAGGCUUAUUGCAGCAAAGAGAGAAAAGGAAUAUGUCAAUUUUCAUAAGUUUAGAUUCUUUGUCGGAACGUGGAAUGUGAAUGGCCAGUCCCCAGACAGUGGGUUAGAACUGUGGCUGAAUUGUGAUAGAGACCCUCCAGACAUUUACUGCCUUGGCUUCCAAGAGCUGGAUUUGAGCAUGGAGGCAUUCUUCUACUUGGAAUCCACCAAAGAGCAUGAGUGGCUGGCAUCCGUGAAACAAGCCUUGCAUUUCAAGUCUAAGUAUAAGAAAGUACAGCUAGUCCGCCUGGUUGGAAUGAUGCUACUGAUAUUUGCCAGAAGAGAGCAUUGCAUGUAUAUCCAGGAUGUUGCCACAGACACCGUGGGAACUGGACUCAUGGGGAAAAUGGGGAAUAAAGGAGCUGUUGCUGUGAGAUUUAUGUUCCACAACACUACGUUUUGCAUCGUCAAUUCCCACCUGGCUGCCCAGGUGGAGGAUGUUGAAGGGAGAAGCUUUCUAAAGCAUCAUUACCUGGCCCUAUGUUGGUAAGUGCUAUUGUAGAUCCUAGAUUGGUCCUUUAGAAUGUUGCCAAGUGUUUGAGAAGAUGCAGAACUUGCAUGGAGCAGAACUGAAGUGCCCUCGUGCUGCAGUGGCAUCCAUAGCAAUCACUGCUCCUCUAUGUGGCUCCAAAAUUAUACAACAUUACAUCCUUAACACAGCCUAAGGGUACCAAGUUUCCAAGUCAUUGUUAGUUUUCUUAAAAUGGCUUGCCCCUUUCUUACCAAGUGUUCUGAAAGAUCAUUUGAAUGAAAUGUCAUUUCUGGUAGAAGUGCCAUCCAUUUGAAUGAAAUGUCACUUCUGGUAGAACCCCAACAAGAUCAUGGACAAUGUCCAGGUUGUA